AUGGGUCAGGCAUCGAGUCUCCCCGAACCUUGUGGAGAAUCGCGUGUGGUGAAGACGAAAUUCGGCAGUGUCGUGGGAAGGCGAUUUGUUUUCGACAAAAAAGAGGUCGACGCUUUCCAAGGAGUCCCUUUCGCCAAACCGCCUGUGGGAGAUCUUCGAUUCCAGAAACCUCAAUGGCCGGACCCAUGGGAUGAUGUGAAAACAACUAAUGCAUUUGCCGCUAGAGGAAUUCAAAAAGACUCAUUCUUCUUCGAAAAACUGAAGCUAGUUAGAAUGUCCGAGGACAAUCUCUAUCUCAAUGUCUUCACGCCAGUGUGGAAUCCGAAAAAGGAGUCAGGAUUCCCCGUUCUGGUAUUCGUCCAUGGAGGUGGUUUUGUCAGCGAUAGCAGCGUGAAGUAUGGCGACGUCGGAAUCUGCGAGCAUCUGUGCACUAAAGACGUGGUGGUUGUAACUAUUCAAUAUCGCCUCGGACUCCUCGGGUUCUUCUCCACUGGGGACGAGCAUUGCCCAGGAAAUCUCGCGCUCUGGGAUCAAACCCUUGCUCUGAGAUGGAUUCAGGUAAAUUUCCUCAGUGGCUUAAACUCCACUCAGGUCAGUCUUCGAAGAUUUAAUAGCUGCUCUCGAAGGGACUUGUUUACGUUUUUGACUCGAAGUCGCACUCUGAAAUUACGAAGUGUGGGUGAUGGGCUUCACGAGAUCAAGCGACAGCAAUUGCUGGGUUCUAGCUGGCUUCUGCAGUAG